AUGGAUGGUUUAUCGGGGGCGGCGAGCGUUAUCGCGGUCAUUCAACUAACGGGAAGCCUUGUGAAGCUUUGCGGGGGCUACAUUCAAGAGGUUAAAGAUGCACGAGAAAAAAUUUUCACCCUACAACAGGCGAUCUCAGGCCUCCAAGGGACAAUCCAAGACCUGCAGAAAUUCCUUCAAAGUAACGACGGAAAGGCCCUACCUACGUCCUCACAACUAGACCGCGAUAUUGCCGAUUGCAUCUCCGACCUCCGAGCCUUAGAAGCGAGACUUGAUCCAGGAAAAGGAAAGAAGCUAAUGAGCAAGAUGGGAUUACGAGCCUUAAAGUGGCCCCUGAAACGGACACAGGUGGAGGGCGUUAUUCAGAACAUCGAGAGAUAUAAGUCUUCAUUCCUCUUAUCUUUACAGGUGGAUCAAACCCUGCGUAGUUCUCUGAUGGUCAGCGUGGUCCAAGGUAUGGAUCUUGAGAAGUUGGAAGGUGCGAUGGAGGCAGGGUUUGAGUCAUUCUCCGACCGAGACGAAGUCCAAUGUCUCCAAGGCACUCGGACCCAGCUUCUACAGCAGAUAAUGGAUUGGGCUAUGUCGCCGUCCCAAAAACCCAUUUUCUGGUUAAAGGGAAUGGCUGGGACAGGAAAAUCCACAAUAUCUCGGACUGUGGCAAGGUCGCUCAAGGACACUAAUUAUCUAGGUGCCAGCUUCUUCUUUAAGAGGGGUGAAGGGGACCGAGGGAACGCGAAGAAGUUUUUCCCGACAUUAAUAAGGCAACUGAUGCUUAUGAUUUCUGAGCUGAGGUCUAGUGUGCACAAGGCACUCCACGAUGACCCUGACAUUAUAUCAAAAUCGUUGAGGGAGCAGUUUGAGAAACUACUCCUUCAACCGCUGCUCGAUCUUGACCAACUCGGCCGACAACCUCAAACCGCUGUGAUAGUGAUCGACGCUUUGGACGAAUGCGAACAUGACCAAGAUGUCCGAAACAUCAUUCGAUUACUGGCUCUUCUACAGAAGGCAAAAUCGGUUCGUCUUCGGAUCUUCUUGACUAGCAGACCCGAACUCCCAAUCAGCCUCGGCUUUUCAGAGAUCGCGGCUCAUGGGUAUCAGGAUCUAGCUCUACAUGAGAUACCCGAAGAAGUGACGGAACAUGACAUACAUUUAUUCCUGCAGGACAGAUUUGCGAGAAUCAAACAUGACAGAAAUAUUUCCCAAGACUGGCCGGGCGAUGACGUCAUCCAAAAAUUGGUCACGAUGUCCGUUCCAUUGUUUAUUUCGGCUGCCACGGUGUGCCGUUACAUCGAAAAUGCAAAAUGGGAAUCCAAAUUGCGCCUCGCAGAGCUUCUAACGGACCACGCUAAAUAUAUAUCGAAAAUGGAUAAGACUUACCUGCCAAUUCUGACGCGACUACUGGACGAUCAAGAGAGUGAUGAAUCGGAGCAGCAGCAGCUCCUGCAAGAGUUCCAGGACAUAGUCGGUGUCAUAAUCCUUCUGGCUGAUCCACUUUCUAUAAAUGCCCUGUCGCUGUUUCUUGAGAUAGGAGCAGACCAGAUCAGCAAUCGAUUGGAUUUAUUCCGCUCUGUUUUGAGCAUUCCCGGUGACCGAGAUCGGCCUGUUAGGAUUCUACAUCUAUCAUUUCGGGAUUUUUUGGUCAGAUCUAGUAGCAAGUUUUUUGUGGAUGAGCAAAGAAAGCACAAAGAAAUUGCUAAGUCCUGUCUCAAAACGAUGCAUAGUCAUCUACGGAAAGAUAUCUGUAAUCUCGAAGACCCUGGAGCGUGUAGGGCAGACAUUGACCCUAAACAUAUCCGCCAAUAUCUACCGUCGGAAUUACAGUACUCUUGUCGCUACUGGAUACACCAUCUCGAACAGAGUCAGGAUCUUUCUUUCGGGAUAGAAGAUGUGAUACUAUUCCUCCAGGAGCAUUUUCUGCAUUGGCUGGAGGCGAUGAGUCUACUAGGUCUUAUAUCGGAGGUGGUGGGCAUGCUUGAUCUCCUCCACCCGCUUAUACAAGGCGACGAUAAUUCUGUAAUAUCAAAUUUUCUGCAUGAUGGAACGCGCUUUGUUCUGAAAAACCACCAGAUAGCCGACGAAGCACCGCUCCAGAUUUAUUGCGCAGGGCUAGUCUUUAUACCUCGAACGACAAUAAUUCGCAGAGAGUUCAAGUCGGAGCUUCCAAGUUGGAUAUGCCAGUUCCCACAAGUUAAUGAAAAAUGGAGUGCAGAAUUACAGACUCUCGAGGGCCAUUCGGGCCUGGUCAGCUCGGUGGCCUUCUCGCCCGACGGCCGGCUGUUGGCGUCCGGCUCUUACGAUAACACAGUGCGGCUCUGGGACACGGCGACGGGCGGCCUGCAGCAGACUCUCGAGGGCCAUUCGGACUGGGUCAACUCGGUGGCCUUCUCGCCCGACGGCCGGCUGCUGGCGUCCGGCUCUUACGAUAACACAGUGCGGCUCUGGGACACGGCGACGGGCGGCCUGCAGCAGACUCUCGAGGGCCAUUCGGACUGGGUCAACUCGGUGGCCUUCUCGCCCGACGGCCGGCUGCUGGCGUCCGGCUCUGGGGAUAAGACCGUGCGGCUCUGGGACACGGCGACGGGCGGCCUGCAGCAGACUCUCGAGGGCCAUUCGGGCCCGGUUAACUCGGUGGCCUUCUCGCCCGACGGCCGGCUGCUAGCGUCCGGCUCUGGGGAUAACACCGUGCGGCUCUGGGACACGGCGACGGGCGGCCUGCAGCAGACUCUCGAGGGCCAUUCGCGCUCGGUUUGGUCGGUGGCCUUCUCGCCCGACGGCCGGCUGCUAGCGUCCGGCUCUGGGGAUAAGACCGUGCGGCUCUGGGACACGGCGACGGGCGGCCUGCAGCAGGCUCUCGAGGGCCAUUCGGGCUCGGUCAACUCGGUGGCCUUCUCGCCCGACGGCCGGCUGCUAGCGUCCGGCUCUUACGAUAAGACCGUGCGGCUCUGGGACACGACGACGGGCGGCCUGCAGCAGACUCUCGAGGGCCACUCGGGCUGGGUCAACUCGGUGGCCUUCUCGCCCGACGGCCGGCUGCUAGCGUCCGGCUCUUACGAUAAGACCGUGCGGCUCUGGGACAUGGCGACGGGCGGCCUGCAGCAGGCUCUCGAGGGCCAUUCGGGCCCGGUUAACUCGGUGGCCUUCUCGCCCGACGGCCGGCUGUUGGCGUCCGGCUCUGGGGAUAACACAGUGCGGCUCUGGGACACGGCGACGGGCGGCCUGCAGCAGGCUCUCGAGGGCCAUUCGGGCCCGGUUAACUGGGUAGCCUUCUCGCCCGACGGCCGGCUGCUGGCGUCCGGCUCUAGGGAUAAGACCGUGCGGCUCUGGGACACGGCGACGGGCGGCCUGCAGCAGACUCUCGAGGGCCAUUCGGGCCCGGUUAACUCGGUGGCCUUCUCGCCCGACGGCCGGCUGCUGGCGUCCGGCUCUGGGGAUAACACCGUGCGGCUCUGGGACACGGCGACGGGCGGCCUGCAGCAGACUCUCGAGGGCCAUUCGCGCUCGGUUUGGUCGGUGGCCUUCUCGCCCGACGGCCGGCUGCUGGCGUCCGGCUCUGGGGAUAACACCGUGCGGCUCUGGGACACGGCGACGGGCGGCCUGCAGCAGACCUUGAACACUAAGGGAUUCGUCCACGAACUCGCCUUUUCUCAAGAGGGUCCGUAUCUAAUCACUAACUUGGGCACCCUUGAUGUUCAGUCCGGGCACGAAAACCUUGCUUCUAAUUCAACCCGCAAGAAUCUGGCGAUCUGCAUUGAGCAAGGGCGGUGGAUAAACAUGAACGGCAAAAAUGUACUAUGGCUUCCUCCUGACUUUCGGCCUAGCUGUUCCGCGAUUAAUGGGGAUUCACUUGCCUUAGGACACGUAUCAGGGCGGGUUUCUUUCCUACGAUUUCGUCUAUAG